AUGACGGCAUCGUUCUCGGAGCUAACAGACCUCCUCGACUCGCAAGAUAUGAAUCAACUUAGAGUAAAAACGCAGGAUUUGGACUGUCCAGACGACGACAAAAUGUCUCCAAAAAGUGCAGGUGGUGCAAUUGGUGCAGCUGGUUCAAAUAGAGUGUAUUAUCCUAACAGCGAAGAAGACUGCGCCGCUUGUGGCUGCUACUACCCUUAUUAUCCCAAUGAUAUAUGUCGAGUCGUAGAAAGGUGCACGAAAGCCUGCGAAGCAGUUUACGAUAUCUUGUGCAUAGAUCCCCGCAUUCAGCAAGCUGUUAAGUGUUGGUUCUCUAGAACGUGUCAAACAAAUUGUUACGCCACAUUUAUGUAUACAACUAAGGCCAACUCCGCAAACCCUAAAAAACUUACGUUCGGUUUGCUCGGAUGUUUCUUUGGAUGCGGUGGCGGUGGCGGCGGCUCCAAUAACAAUAACAACAACAACAACAACAACAAUGGUUGGGGUGGUAAUAACAAUAAUAAUAAUAACAACAAUAACAAUGGUUGGGGUGGUGGUGGCGGUGGUGGUGGGGUGUGCUUACUAUUUGUUUGUGGGUGA